AUGCUAGAAUUGCCAUCCAACCAUACAUCACCUUCUGCUACAUUUGUCCUCAUGGGCAUUCCAGGCCUAGAAGUGACUCACCUGUGGUUGCUGGCCCCAAUAGGCACCAUGUAUGUUGUGACUUUGGUGGGAAACAGCCUCAUUCUGACAGUGAUCUGGGUCGACCCUGCCUUGCAUGAACCCAUGUACUACUUCCUGUGUAUCCUGGCUAUGGUGGACAUUAUUAUGGCAACUUCUGUGGUCCCCAAGAUGCUGAACAUCUUCUGGUCAGGUGAUGGAAUUAUUGGUUUUGCUGCCUGCUUCACUCAGAUGUAUGUCGUCCAUGCAGCCACAGCUGUGGAAACAGGGCUUUUAUUGGCUAUGGCCUUUGACCGGUACGUGGCCAUCUGCAAACCCUUGCACUAUCAGACCAUCCUUACACAACAAACAAUGCUAGGGAUAGGUGUGGCAAUUAUCCUUCGAGCUACCACAUUUAUGACACCUCUGAGCUGGAUGGUGAGUCACCUGCCUUUUUGUGGCUCUCUGAUGGUUCCCCAUUCAUACUGUGAACACAUGGCUGUGGCCAAGCUGGGAUGUGCUGACCACAUGCCAAGCAACCUCUAUAGCCUGAUUGGUUCCUCAAUCAUUGUGGGCAUUGAUGUGAUCUUCAUUGCUACCUCCUAUAGCCUGAUCCUGAAGGCUGUAUUCCGUCUCUCCUGCCGGGAUGCCCAGCUCAAGGCAUUAAGCACAUGCGGUUCCCAUGUUGGAGUUAUGGCUCUCUAUUACCUACCAGGGAUGGUUUCCAUCUAUGUGGCCUGGUUUGGACAGGACGUGGUUCCCCUGCCUGUCCAGGUCCUACUAGCUGAUUUCUAUCUGGUUAUUCCACCCACUCUGAACCCUCUUAUCUAUGGCUUAAGGACAAAACAGAUCCGUGAUCGGGGAUGGAGCAUGCUGGGGAGCUGCCUCUCUGGCCAGCCCCACUAA